AUGCGGUGGCUCCCGGGGUUCUGGGGGUUCCGACUGCUUUUUUGCCUCUUGCUAUUGACCGCUCGCCUUGCGGGCAGCAGCGCCACCAGCGCCCACGGCUGCCUGUUUGACCGUAGGCUCUGCUCUCAUCAGGAGGUCUGUAUCCAGGAUGGUUUGUUUGGACAGUGCCAGACAGGUGCAGGGAGAGUACGGCCCCUGCUGCAGGUCACCUCACCCAUCCUCCAGCGAUUGCAAAAUGUGCUUCGGCAGCUCAUGUCCCAAGGCCUAUCCUGGCAGGAUGACAUCACUCAGUAUGUGAUAUCCCAGGAGAUGGAGAAGAUCCCCCGGCUCCGGGCACCAGACCCUGGCUCCAAGGACAGGUCCAGCCUGGCAUCCAGGAGACCUGCUCUCCCUGGGGAGUUGCUUCCACCUGGCCCUGCCACAGGCUCCACCCCUGCAGCCCAACAGCGACUUCAGAGGCCUCUGCUGGGUGGGGGUGGGGGUGGGGCUCUGCUGCCUUCCCUCCCAGCUGAACUGCUGCCUCCACUCCUGGAGCAUCUGCUGCUGCCCCCACAGCCCCCACUCCCUGCCCUGAGCUAUGAGCCCACACUGCUGCAGCCCUACCUCUUCCACCAGUUUGCCUCCCAGGAAAGUUCCCGGGCCCUGGAAAACUCCCCAGGGUUGGUCACAGUCGUCCCUCAGUCAAAGGCCGAGGCCCCAGCCCUCUUCAGUAGAGCUGCUUCUAAGAAUGUGUUUGGUGCCCAUCCCAGCCUUUCCUACAGGAACCCUCCAGGACCUGUACCUGCUCAGCUGUUCCAGGACCCUGGACUCCUCUACCUGGCUCAGGAGCCCCCUGCCUCAGUCAGAGUCAAGGGUCAAAGGCUACAUGAACAGGGAGGCACCAGCCAGGGAGGAGAGUCUCCAAAGACCUAUGGGGAGGAAGGGAUAGGGGGCACUGGGGAGCGGGAACCAGAGCCUCCUGCUUUAGCAUCCCUAUCAUCAGGCCCCCAACCAGAUGUUGUUCUGCAGAGACUGGCUGCAGUGCUGGCUAACUAUGGGGUAGAGUUAAAGCAGCUGAGUCGGGAGCAACUCACCAGCCUCUACACUCUGAUGCAGCUGCUGCCCAAGGGAAUCAGGAAGAGCCAGGGUGAAGCUGGAAAUACUGAUGCUGAGACUAAGAAAGUAAUGGAAGGAGACAUGCAGCACACGGUAGAUAGAGUAGAAUCUCCUUCUGCCAUGGCCUCCUUGCCUGAACUCCCUGUUGGUAGCACCACCCCACUUCAUGCCCAGAGAGCUGAAAUGGAAGGCCCCACUGAGCCACCGCCUUCCCUGGUUAUGCCCGUCCUGAUGGAAAAGAAGAGUCCACUAAGUCAGAAAGGACUCUCUAGGGGAGAUCAGCCCCCUGCUCCCUCUACAGAGGAGUAUGGCUACAUAGUUACUGACCAGAAGCCCCUAGGACUGACUGCUGGUGUCAGACUCUUGGAGAUCUUGGCAGAACACAUCCACAUGUCUUCUGGGAAUUUCAUCAAUAUCAGUGUGGUGGGAUCAGCCCUCACCUUCCGAAUCCGGAACAAUGAGCAGAACAUGUCUUUGGCUGACGUGACACAGCAAGCUGGACUGGUGAAGUCAGAGCUAGAAGCAGAGACGGGGUUCCGAAUCGUGCAGACAGGGGUGGGCCAGCGUGAAGAAGCAGCUGCGGUGCUACCCCGGCCAGCUCGAGGGACUCCCCCAUUUCGUUCUGUGCUGCUGACCCUGGUGGCCCUAGCAGGCGUGGCAGGGCUGCUAGUGGCCGCAGCCUUAGCCAUCUGUUUGCGGCAGCAUGGGCGACUUCGAGAAAAGGAACGCCUGGCAGCCCUGGGGCCUGAGGGAGCCCAUGCAGAUACCACCUUGGAGUACCAGGAGCUGUGCCGUCAGCACAUGGCCACCAAGUCUCUGUUUAGCCGGUCAGAGGGACCGCCAGAGCCUUCAAGGGUGAGCAGCAUCUCCUCUCAGUUCAGCGAUGCUGCCCAGGCCAGUCCCAGCUCCCACAGCAGCACUCCAUCCUGGUGUGAGGAGCCUGCCCAGGCCAACAUGGACAUCUCCACAGGACACAUGAUCCUGGCAUAUAUGGAGGAUCACCUAAGAAACCGUGACCGACUGGCCAAGGAGUGGCAAGCCCUUUGUGCCUACCAGGCAGAGCCCAAUGCUUGUAGCACAGCCCAGGGUGAUGCCAACCUCAAGAAGAACAGGAACCCUGACUUUGUGCCCUAUGACCAUGCCCGAAUCAAGCUGAAGGUGGAAAGCAGUCCUUCUCGGAGUGAUUAUAUCAACGCUAGCCCGAUUAUUGAACACGAUCCUCGGAUGCCAGCCUACAUUGCCACUCAGGGUCCACUGUCCCACACUAUUUCGGACUUCUGGCAGAUGGUGUGGGAAAAUGGUUGCACAGUCAUCGUGAUGCUGGCACCCUUGGUGGAGGACGGAGUCAAGCAAUGUGACCGCUACUGGCCAGACGAGGGCUCAUCCCUCUAUCAUGUCUAUGAGGUGAACCUGGUUUCGGAGCACAUCUGGUGUGAGGACUUCCUGGUUCGCAGCUUCUACCUGAAAAAUGUGCAGUCCCAAGAGACACGCACCCUCACCCAGUUCCACUUCCUCAGCUGGCCAGCUGAGGGCAUCCCAACCUCGACUCGGCCCCUGCUGGACUUCCGCAGGAAGGUGAACAAGUGUUACCGUGGACGAUCCUGCCCCAUCAUUGUGCAUUGCAGUGAUGGAGCUGGGAGGACUGGUACUUACAUCCUCAUUGACAUGGUGCUGAACCGAAUGGCAAAAGGAGUGAAGGAAAUUGACAUUGCUGCUACCCUGGAGCAUGUUCGAGACCAGCGCCCCGGACUCGUCCGAACCAAGGACCAGUUUGAAUUUGCAUUGACAGCAGUGGCAGAGGAAGUAAACGCCAUCCUGAAGGCUCUGCCUCAGUGAACAACCCUGCUGUUUCUGCUUCCUGCCCUUCCUGUGGACAUGGUUCAACCCCUGUACUCCUUCAUGGUCCGUGCAAGCAUCUCUGUCCUAUGCCAGCACCCCGUACUCUGUAUCUCCUGCCCCACUCUACCCUGGGCUUCUCAGAGCUGAACCUGAGCCCCUCUCCAAAACAUGGAGGGGGAAUCAGACCCCUCUCCUACACACCCCAGGUCUCCGGGUUCCCACAUGCAGGAACCCUAGGUUCCACUAAAGGGCAGUUGUCUGCAAGGUAAGAGAAGGGGAGGGGGGAAGGGAGGGCAUAAAUUUACACCCACAGGCUUCUUCCUUUCUUCCUCUGCCCUUCCAACUCCUGUCUCCCCAAUGGCCCCAGAGUCAUGAAGGAUUGCCUAUAACUUAUGGCACACUUCAGUAUGAGUAAAAGUGUUGGGGGGGGGGGGUCAGGGGAGUUUCCAGCUUUGAACUCCACUCCUCCUAUCUAACCAUCCUCCAAACCUCACUCUAAUUUUCCCACCUUAUAAAAGCUUUAGCCCUGCCCUGAGGCCAAAACAGCUGCAACCCAACCUCCCCCUGUGGAGGAGGGAAUCUGGGCUCUCUGCUCCAGGACUGUGACUCUCUGGCAUCCUGCCCUUUCUAGACCAUCCCUUUUCCCUCUCCCAACUUCCCAACCAACCGACUGACCAACCCACAGUCUGCCCCUGGACUCCCUUUCCCUCCAGUGCUACAUCAACCUUUCUAGAAAGAUCUAAUUUUGUAUCAAUGUGAAUAAAGUCCAUGUUUUAUC